UAUUACAAGCAAUAACCAUACAAACCAACUAUACAUUAAAGCAAUCUUCAACGAUUUCAUAUCAUUUAAAUUAAAAAGUAAAUUUAUAAAAGAACACACACGUGUAAAUUUCAUCUGCUCUUAAACAUGGCCAUGCCCCAGAUUAGUCCCGCCGAACAGGCAAAAUUACAAAUGAUGCAAGAAAUGGAAAUCGAAAUGAUGUCCGAUUUAUAUAAUCGCAUGACAAAUGCUUGUCAUAAGAAAUGUAUACCACCUCGUUAUGGAGAAGCUGAAUUGGGCAAAGGUGAAAUGGUUUGUAUUGAUCGCUGCGUAGCCAAAUAUUUGGAUAUCCACGAGAAGAUUGGCAAAAAACUAACCGCCAUGUCUGUACAAGAUGAAGAACUAAUGAAGAAAAUGUCCAAUUAAUUUAUAGUUGUAAACUUGUUUUUUUUUUCAUUUAAUAUUAAAUACAUACAAUUAAUUUUAACUGUACAUAGCAAUAUUUGCUAAUUUAGUUUGUCGUUGGUUAAACGCUUUUUAUUAUGUUUUGCUUUCUUCUCGGGGAAAACAUGUUUAUUAAAACUUAUAAUACAUAAACAGAUAAUAAAUAAACAAAAAAAAAACACAAAAA